AUGCCAGAUAGCGCAUCAGACGGCACACGGACCCCUGCCACCGAGCUCGCAUCCGACGUGGGCUCCCUGCGCAGGUUCAACGCUCCCUCAGAGGCAGGUUCAGCAAGCAUGAACCGCACCUUCUCCGACCAGCCGAGCACGCGCAGCUACGAGGAGAGCUCCGUCAGUGCCAAGGGACCCAGUGCUGGCGCGGGCGAACACUUUGGAACCAGUCUUCGAGAGCAGCCGGUCUCCCGAUUAUCGGCGUACUCGGCUCCAUCCGAGCCCAUCCCUUCCUCCUCGCACCAUCACGACGACUUGACAUCGAUUGUAGAGCAUCCUGCCGCUCAUGAUGCUCACAUCCAUCACGACGCUUCGGCAGGGUCAGAGCGCGACCAUGCAACAGUACCGGAAGCAGCACCAGCGCCGUUGCCACCCUUCAGCCAUUCCAACACCAGCGUCGAGUCGGCAAGCUCGCCUAUCAUGAAGAUGCAGCCUCCCACGCUCGCAACACCUCCCUUGCGCGACUUUCCAGCCAACGAAGAACAGAAUGCGGGAUCCGAUUCGGUGGACGCCUCUCUGCGUCAGCACACCGACGCUCGUCCCGCUGUGUCCCCUAUUAGCACUUCGCGCGCGAUCUCCACAUCCGCGCUGACGCCUGUGCCGCAGGCGUUGCAGGACGAUCGUCCUUCCGUCCGACGCGCAGAGGGUCAGCGGGCCGAGAGCGAGGUGGUGCAUAGCCGCAGCUCGUCCAGACCCUUCAAGUUCCCGGCACGCUCCAGCGCUCAGUUCACGCCGCGCGAGCGCACAAGCGUCCUCUCGACUGGAGAGGCCCAUUCCAAGAAUCCAGAGACCUUGAUCCGCAGGCUCAUUCGCAGAGCAAGUGUCAAGAGCAACAAGUCGCCAUCGAUAGGAGGCGCUCCCAGCCUGGUUCUGAGCCCCAGCAAGACAUCCGUCGCCCUGCCUGACGAGCUUGGAACGCAGGAGGAGGACACAAACACAUCCAUUCCUCGCGCUGAAAGCCUCUUUUCUUUCAGAGGUAGACCAUACGAGCUCAAACCGCAGACCCUGACGCAACGCCGAGCCAAAUCGAGGGAAGCCGGACCCUCCAAGAUCCCCCGCUCAUCGUCCAUCUUUGCUCCGUUCCGCCAGCGAAGGAAGCGACAAGAAUCCUUCGGUCAGUCAGGAUUGUUGCCACGAGACGGCGAUUCUGCCUUUCCCAAGGACGGCCUGCCACUCAGCUCCAGCUCGCCUUUCCUGACUCGCGAUCCCGACUUUGCUGGCUUCGACCAGCUGUCCUCCGAUGAGGACGAGGGCAGGACCCGAGACUUUGUCAUCAUCGGAAGGCGGCGACCGCCCAAAUCUACGGCACACCAACAGCAAGGACCAGCAGGGAUGCUCAGAAGUCCUGUGACGACCCAAUCACAAGAGACGGACGACGGAGCCGACGUCGACGGCAGCCGAGAGGACCGAACGCUCUCGCCUACGAAACAUCAGACCGAUCACAUUGUCGACAUAAGCGAUCCGCCGUCUCAUGGGGACGACGAGCCCUCCGCUACACCAAGGCACACUACUUUCGAUGCUGUUGAUGAAGGGGUAGAGUCGUCCAGUUUCAGCCAAGCUGCGGUCUCGGAGGGACACGCGCGACCAAGACCCGGAAUUCCUCGCAUCUGGCAAGGUCUCGAGCCGGUGGAUGCGGACUAUUCCAUGCGAUCGACGCACAUUGACGACGUCGACAGUUCCGAUGACGACGAUCAUACCCCGCCAGAGCACAGCCUUCCGGCCAACCGCUUCGACACCGCAACCACAACGAGUUCUUUCCGGACGGCGGUCACCCACUUUGACUCGCCCAAAUCCGCUUCAGCUCGUCGAUUGGCCUCGGGUUCCAAGGCGUCCCGCGUCAGCCUACGCACGCUAGACACGCCACUGGCUCGCCACUUUGAUCAAGGCCCCAGGCAGGACUCGCCCCUCUCCGACCUGAUCACCAACUUGGAGAGGCGUCUCAGCGCUCGCAGCAACUCUGGCGCGAUGAGGUCUACGCCCUAUCACCAAUCGGUCGCCUCUCCCAGCAGCGAACUCUUGCAUCAGGAUUCUGAGCAGACUCAUCGCGCUACAGCCGAAGAAUCGUCUCCGUCCCCUUCGGUGACCGGCCACAACGGUCAGCAUUACGACUUCCUCGAUCGGGAGGACGACGAUGAUGCCUCCCUUCACGCUCAUCCACACGACACGCAUCUACCAGCUGCAUCCCAUACAGCGCUCGUUGAGACACUCGACAAGUCGAAUCGCAAUUCACUCCUUGCGCCCUCCUCCCAGGCCUCUCAGGAGACGUCCGAGGGAGCGAUUGGCGCGCAGAUCCGCUCGAAACGCGACACCUUUGGCGGUCUCGAUUCGAUCCCUCUGGCGUCCCUGGACACAAGACAGGAGGGAUCUCGGGCGCAUCAGACCCGCCCGCAGCUCUCUCGCUUCUCGACAGCCACGGCAGGACCCGAAGAAGACGAUCCGCAUCCACGCGAUCGCCUACACGGCGAGACGUCAGAGGACCAGGAGGUCAUCGUACCCGAAGUCAAGGUGACCGAGAUCGAGAGCCACCUCGCAGCCGUAGAGGCAGCUCUGCAAGACAAUCGCGACGAGGGCAGCUUCGACGUGACUUCUCUGCGCCAGAGAAUGUCGAGCGCCUCGUACGGGAUGCACGCCAACCCCUCUUCAACGAGCGUACUCUCUCGAGACGGGCUGCUGCAACCCAUGUCCGUCUCGCACGCCGCCAACGAGAGUGCCGACGAGCUCUCCCUUCCUGGCGCUUGGGCGCACGACGACUCCUCCUUUGUCAUGAGUGACGACGGACGACGCAUCACGCUUGCCCCCGAGUCGCACGACGCACUUGCCGAUGCCGUGCGCAGUGUUCGAAGGGCCAUCAGCUCCUCGCAACUCACCGACAAAGACGACUCAGGCACUGCUCUCGCCCAUCAAUCCGUCGAUACGCUGGGCAUGGAGAGCUUCUUGUCCGAGGUUGCGGAUGCGGAUAGCGAACGAAGGCCGGCCGGGGACGUGUCGAUCCUGUCCGAGGCCACACCUGCGCGAGCUGCAAAGAGACGACAAGAGGGCAUGCGCGACAUCGAGGAGGCGUACAAUCGCAUGCUGGCGCUCGUCCAGUCUUCGGCCAUCGGUGUGACACCUUCGCCCCAGAUGCGAGGGGAUGAUGGUCGCCUUGGCUUCGAGCCUCCGCGCCGUCCGAUGAAGCAUGGUCAAGCGGCGUCGAGCGCCAACGAACCCUUCCAGAACUCUCCUCUGGCAAAGGCAUCGACCAAGACGGACGAGCCGCUUAGCCAGGCGGCACUCUCCACCCGCAGCAUACUGGACACAUCUGGCGGCGGCUUCAACCAGCCAGCUGCUCGAAUCUCGACACGCGCCCACCCAGCUGCAGAUACGCGCACAUCCACAUCAUUGUCCGGUCUCAUGGGUAUACCCACGGACAUGAACCCGCACAUGCUGCGUCAAAGCAGCGUCUCUACGGCUACUUCUGCGCACGACGAAGCCACGGCGGAGGCCACGGCGUUCCGCAGGCGUCCGCUCUCCGAUGCCAAAUCCAGCUCAAGCCGCUACUCGCUAUUGCUGGGUCGAGACCACAUCGCCUCUUCUCUGCUGAACGACAUUGAUGGCUCUCACAAACGCUUCAGCACCGACAACACGACCGUAGGUCGGGCCAGCUCAGGUGCAGGACACACAAGCCCGUCCGCCACCGCCAAGACGCUAGGCACCCCACGAUCGUUGAACACGUCCGCCUCGCAGCACUCGGUCGCCAACUUGCUCCGCCGCCACGAGCUGGAGAAGGAGAGUCUGCUAGAUACGCUCGAGAUUGUUCGGUCCGAGAACAACGCCAUGCACGCCCGCUAUGACCGACUCACCUCGGACCUCCAUGCCGAGGUGACGCGCGUGCUGGAGCUGGAGCGCGAACUCGAGCGUCGCGAUUCUCGAGAAGUGACGCUAAUCGACCAGAUCCAGAAUCUGGAGAGCGAGCUCAUGGAGCUCCGCUAUCUCGACUUCCAGCUCAACUCGACCGCGGAUCAGACGUUGGGCUCCGAGGACGGCGAAGGGUCCAUCAUGGAUGUCGAGCUGCCCCCGUCCCUUCGUUCCAGAGCAGGCGUCCCGUCGCUCCCCUUCUCGCCGCGUGGCACCGCAAACCCGAUGGUUUCGCCUCCGCCUUCCUUCUCAUCCGCAUCCAUCUCGGCCCUGCUCAAGCCGACGCACAGAAGCACACGCUCGGAAGCGUUCGUCGCGGGCCUGCCUGGGUCCGAACAAGCUACACUGCCUACGAGCAGAAGCGAGAUGCCGCGCGCUCGGCCCGUGUCCUUGCUCAACGGACCCGGAGGUCUCUUCAGGGACGAGCGAGGCUCGCAACGUUCGAGCCAAGCAUCGCCGCUUCCGACGCCUCGAAGCAGCAGCCUGCUCCGUCACCCGCAUCGCGAAUCGAACAAGCCGACGCAGGCGCGGCAGGCGUCGCCUACCUUGCUGGGCCUCAGCUUGCCCAAGGACGACAGUGACAUUUGGAACAUCCCGGAUGAGCAGCUGCCAGAAAUCGAGGACGAGAUCAUCCCUACGCCGUUGAAGAGGCCGCACGAACAAGCGCCCAUGUUGUCGUCAGCUGGAGCAGACACCAUUGACUCGCGACUCGGUGACAAUGGUCAUUUCGAUGACGGCUACAAUCGGAACAACGAAGUCGAGGAAGAGGCGCUCAGCUCUGUGCCCUCCACGAUCCAGCCGAGUGUUCUGAGCAAUGGAGUGACGCCUCAGCGCGUCCUAUCUUCCUCCCUUCCUCGAUCCACGUCGCAAGCCACGGUGACGAAAAGCUCGACCUUGUCCCAACUGCCGCGUCUCGCUGCUGCGAGCAAGAUCCCGACGAGCCGUUCGGUGAGUGGCAGCUCGGAUCGCAGCGUCUCGUCACGUCUGCCGCGAUUGGGUCUCAAACCGAGCUCGCGCUACACGGCCACGACCGCCAGCGGCAGCCGCACCGUCAGCAACGCCACCGACAAGUCGACCGGCUCAACGCUCUCGUCCGUCUACAGCAACAUUUCGACCGGCGCUCCCCCUUCCUUGGGCUCCCUACCCAGUGGGAAUAACACCAUGGAGGACGAGAUCCAGGCCGAACUGGCAAGGUUGGGAAACCCCAAGCCGUUCAUGCGCUACUACUCACCGCCUCGGAGUAAGAUGAUCUAG